UAGGUUUGCACUGAAAGACAAAACUCAAAACCCUAACGGAGAGGGAGAAAAUGGCAAGGCGGGUUGAUAACAAAGUUUUGCCAUUACGAGAUAUUCAUACGUGUCUGGACCGGAAAGUUAACUUGUUUGCUGUUAUUCUCGACUUCGGCUUCCCAAAGCCAACAAAGGGCACCGAUUACUGUUCUUCCAUAAGAAUAAUCGAUGAAACACAUCACAAUGCUGGCAUGGCGGUUAACAUUUUUGCUUCAGAUGCAGCAAAACUUCCCCAUGUUGCUGCUCUUGGGGAUGUCAUUAAGCUCUGUAAUGUCGUGGUAAAAGCAUAUGGUGCGGAAGUAAAUGCUGUUUUCAACAAAAAGUUUUCUUCUUUUGCUUUAUACAAAGGGAAAGAUGGUGAUGAUUUUGUCCCUUAUCAAGUUUCUUUGAAAUUUUGUCCCAGAGAUGAAGACAAAGUGUAUUUAGAGAAGCUUAGAAAAUGGCUGCCUAAUUUUCAGCCUAGUGAAGAUUCGAGUUAUUUUCCCAUGUUCAAAGAAAUCAAGGGAGGAAAUAACCUUAAUUUGGCAUGCAAGAUCCUUCACUGCUGUGAGGUUGCAAAAGAUGAAUGGUUUAUAUUUGCUUGGGAUGGUACUGAUACCCCACCAAAUGCCAUAUCUUCAAAGCUAGAAGAUGAAGUUGAUUCUCCGCUUCCUUUACAACUGGAACCUUCGGCUUUGCCUAAAGAGUUAUUAUGCACUUUUCCUGCUGUUGGAUCGAUCUUGAGGAUAACUUCUAAUCUAGGUGUUGAGAAGAACCAUCUCCACCUUCUAAGCGUUGGUAAAUGGGUCAAACUUGUCAAUAUGCAACUCGAGGUGCAUGCUGGACUAUGGCGUGGUGUUUUUACCCCAUUUUCAAAGCUUCGAUAUACCUCUAAUGAGGACUCUCUCAUUGUAGAACGUCAGAGGUUGUCUGAUGAGCGGCUGUCUGUGUUAUCAGGAAAAGUGGUUCCUUGCAGCUUCCCUAAGCCUUCAUGUAUUACAGAAGUUAAUCAUGUUCAUGAUCGUGAAACACCUGUUACUUUAAUGAGUGUCCUCACUCAUUCACAGGUGACCUUGAAAUUCAAGUGCAUUGUUCGGGUGGUAGCAGCAAUGCCAUGCGAAGCUGAAGAUUUAUGCUCUCCUGCUGGGGUAUAUAGAAUACGGCUAACCCUAGAGGAUUCAACGGCUAGAAUCCAUGUUUUUGUAGUUGCUGAGGAUGGGGUGACCCUUUUUGAUGGUUAUCCGGACAUUGACCAGUUGAAAAGGAAGCUGAACAGUUUACUUGGAGUAGCAGAAUGUGAUGCUGGUCCUGGCGUGAAGAGUGCAGAGUGUGGAACUAGUACUGGGGUGAAGGAUGCGCCAAGAAAUCCGCCAUGGGUUUGUGUUCAUCUCAUGUCAUAUAAUGUGUCCGGAACUAGAUGCUUCAAAAUAGUUGAUACCAAAAUAGUGGGAGAUACAUGAUGCAUGAUAAUGCAACUAUGUUUUGUAAGCAAGACAAGGUGCUAGUGUGCAUAGAAAGCCUGGAAACCCUUUUUUGUUAUCUUCCAGGGCACUUGAUGUAUUUUGAAUGUGAAUAUGUGGAAAUGGGUCACCUGCAGUUUAGGAAACAACUGCACCCAGUGUAGCUAUUAACCUUCCAGGCCACUUGUGUAUUUUGAUUGUGAAUAUGUAUGGCUGUGAUCUCAUGCAGUUUUAGAAUUGCUGAGAAUCUUAAUCCGUGAAUAUUAUAUGCACAGAUGAAUUACACAUUACGUAU